AUGUUGGCAUGCUCCUUAUACUCAUUGGUUUUGCUUGCUGCGUGUUGCGUAUUUGCUAUACCACCGAAAGAAGGCAGUGAUAAUGAUGCUGAAAAACAAUAUAUGGUAACAAAUCUUCCUGGAUUACAUGAGAAUAUCGACGAUGAUUUCAAGCCAAUAAUGUUUUCGGGCCAGUUAGAACUAUUCCCUGAAAACAACACAAACUACUUCUUUUGGAAGUUUUCCGAUCCAAAUAUGCCAAAAGAUUCAAUAUACAGCAACAGAACAAUAUUCUGGUUAAAUGGUGGUCCUGGGUGCUCGUCCAUGGACGGCGCACUAUUAGAAACGGGGCCAUUCAGGAUUGACAAGAGUCAGAAAGUUAUCAUGAAUAACGGUUCAUGGCACAAGGUUGGUGAUAUCAUCUACGUGGACCAGCCAGUGGGAACCGGGUUCAGCUAUGGAGAACAAGACAAACUACUACAUGAUUUAGACGAAAUGGCAUUUUAUUUCUUGAAAUUUAUGCAAGAAUAUUACAAAUUGUACCCACAAGAUGUGGGAAAUGACAUCUAUUUUGCCGGCGAGUCGUAUGCUGGACAAUAUAUUCCAUACAUUGCAGAUGCCAUAAUUAAAAGAAAUGCUCGUUUAUCAACAGAGGAAACUAGAUACAAUUUGAAGGGGCUACUCAUUGGCAAUGGCUGGGUAUCACCCAACGAGCAAAGUUUAGCAUAUCUACCAUUUUUCAUUAACAAAAACUUGAUAAACAAGGAUAACCCUCAAUGGAUGCAGUUGUUGAAGUCACACGAAAACUGUCAAAAAAUUGUGGAUAAAAUAGACAGUCAUUUUAAUGAUGACACAUUGAACCCACUAGAAGUAGAUUCAUCACAAUGUGAAAGUAUCUUGACUGAUUUAUUGAGGGUAACGAUGGACAGGAACGCUGCGCACACAAAGGAGAGUUGUAUAAACAUGUAUGAUUACACCUUGAGAGAUUCAUACCCUUCAUGCGGGAUGAACUGGCCUUCUGAGUUGCCAGACGUUACAUCCUUUUUACGAAAUGAGGAUGUCAAACACGACUUGAAUUUGAAAAAGAUGAAAACUUGGCACGAGUGUAGUAGCCGAGUUGGUACUAAUUUCAACGCUCGAAAAUCACGGCCAUCUGUUCAUUUACUUCCGGAUCUUUUAGAGCACAUUCCUAUUAUCUUAUUCAACGGAGCCAAUGACAUAAUUUGCAAUGAAGAAGGUGUUUUACGAUACAUAAACAAAUUGGAGUGGAAUGGACACAAGGGUUUUGAAAAUAGCGACGCACAAAUUGAUUGGAUUCAUGAAGAUAAGAAUGUGGGAUACAUAUUACAUGAAAGAAACUUGACAUUCAUUAAUAUAUAUAAUUCGAGCCACAUGGUCCCAUACGAUUUGCCGGAUGUAUCAAGAGCGUUAAUGGAUAUAAUAACAGGCAAUUACGAUAGAAGACAAGACGAGGGGGGAAAACCUAGCUUUAUCACUUACCCGAUCGGCGUAAAGAUUAAAGGCGUUACUGAAGAAACGACACCGCAAUUGAAUUCAACAAAUUCAUCAUCAUCUAAUUCUUCAUCAAAGGCAGAAAAAGAAGAAGAAGAAGAACCAUCGAUUAAUAAAUUCAUACGGCUUGUGCAAUUAGCUGUUAUUUUAAUAGUCAUAUGGGGCGUUUAUAUACUAUACGCUUCUUACAAAGCUAGACCCUCUCCUGUUCUGAAAAAGGCUAGUAGAAGCGGGACUCGGAAGAAAAACGUGCAAUGGGCGGAUCAAGUGAGCAGUAUCCAAGGCGAAGAGAAUUUUUCAUCUCCUUCUUCUUCUUCUUCUUCACCACCACCACCACCACUUCCUCCUGCUCCUCCUUCUUCUAAAAAGGGAUUUAUAGCCAAAACAUUGGACAAGCUAAGAAGUAAGGACUCUCGAGGCACCUACUCAAGAGCUCAAGGGGAAGAUUAUAUUGAUGAUAUUGAAUUGGGUGAUAGUAUUCCUGAAGGGACCCUCGAUGACUUUAUUAUAGAUAGCGAUGACGAAAGAGAGGAACACCAACUGGGAAGUGAUAAUGUGCAUGGCAAGCAUAAAGAAACGGGAAGUACAUAA